GGAGACGAGACGGGAGAUGACGUCAGACCCUGCAGUACAUAAACAUAGCAGCCACUUCACGCGCCAUCUUCUAGUUAGCAACCGAGCAGAAUAAAACAUUGUGUUAAACCACGGUGCUAAGUUAUUUCUGUUAUAAUACUUUGGUUGUAUUAGCUGUACUGAAAAAUGAGUGACAUUGAGGACGGAAACUAUGAAGGACGGGGGUCUCGCUCCCCAUCUAAAUCGGAUCGAGGGAGUCCAGCUCGGGUCAAGUCGGAGAGCAGGUCCGGCUCCCCGAGCCCAUCCCGAGCAUCCAAACGCUCUGAGUCCAGAUCCCACUCUCGGUCAAAAUCAAGGUCUCGUUCUAGGCGGCACUCAAACCGGCGCUGUAGCCGCUCACGCUCUCGGUCAUAUUCCCACCGAAGGAAGUCUCGCUCUCGUUCCUACAGUCCUGAAUACCGGCGCAGGAGGAGCCAGAGCACCUCCCCGAUGUCGAACCGCCGCCGUCACACUGGCAGCAGGAGCCAUGACUUCACAAAAGAAGCAUGCAGUCAUAGCGGUGAUGCUGAUAUUAGGGCGAACCCUGACCCCAGUACAUGUUUGGGGGUGUUUGGCUUGAGCCUGUACACCACAGAGCGUGACCUGAGGGAGGUGUUUUCGCGCUAUGGUCCUCUGGCCGGGGUCAAUGUGGUGUACGACCAGCGCACAGGUCGCUCCCGAGGCUUUGCCUUUGUUUACUUUGAGAGACUUGAGGAUUCUAAAGAGGCAAUGGAGCGAGCCAACGGCAUGGAGCUGGACGGGAGACGCAUCAGAGUGGAUUAUUCCAUUACCAAACGUCCCCAUACCCCCACACCAGGAAUAUAUAUGGGCCGUCCAACUCACAAUGGUGGUGGUGGCGGCGGCGGCGGCGGUGGCGGCGGCAGCAGCAGGAGGGGGAGAGACUCCUAUUAUGAUCGUGGCUAUGACCGCUACGACAGAUAUGACGAGUAUGACUAUAGGUAUAGUCGCAAGCGCUCUCCAUCACCCUACUACAGUCGAUACAGGUCUCGCUCACGGUCUCGCUCCUACAGCCCACGGCGAUACUAAGUUGCUUUUUACAACAUUCAGCUUCCCUCCAAUAAUUGGUGGUGUGUGAUUCAUCAAGGUGUUUCAGAGGGGACAAUUUGAACUAGCAUGUCUAUAUCAACAGAACUCUUUUAAGUUUGAGAUAGUUCUUGUUUACAUGCAAUAGAUGUCUUAAUUUUUAGGCGUUUUUACGUGUCCAUGUCUGGUGUGAGCAAAGAACUCAACAACUGUUGGUUACUGUUGUGUCAUUCUUAGACUUGCAUCCUUCCUUCCCUCUUCAUUUUCUGUAGCAGUGAUUCCUUUUUUUUUUUUUUUCUUUUAAAUGAUGGAUAAUGAGCUGUGUUUUUGGUCUAUUACUUUCAUUUCUGUUAAAAGAGUUCUUGUCAUAAAUGGGGAAGGAAAACUGGGUUUUAGUUGAGAAUAGUGACAGUUUUCCCACAUGUAUUAAGAGGUAACUCAAACAAUAAAGUUUGCAUAUGUAUUAGUUGAAUAUAACUUAAAUCUCAAUGCUACUUGGAACUAACUGGGCCUACUGGUAAGUAGCAGGUAAAUGUGGCUGUAAAAUGAAGUGCUACCAGCAAUCGGUGGUUGGGGUCUCUGCUCACAUUAUGAAUAACUUUUCUUUUUUUAAGUUGAGGAAGUCCUGCUUUGAGUUUCUCCAGAGAGUUUUAUCAUGUAUUGUUUUUUGGUUUUUUUUAUCGUGAGACCAAUAAAAGAGAGUGGUUAGACUUGUACUUUGCUUUGUGAUCAAUAAGUCAACCAAAAAAAAAAACCAAGGCACACUGCUUUACAAAAGUUAAAAAGCCUUUAAUAAAUGGGCUUAACAACUAUAUAUGUCAGCCAUUUAUUAAAGGCUUUUUAAGUUUUGCAAAGUAGUGUGCCUUGGUAUUUUUUAAAUUAAUUUAUUUUUUUAUUAUGACUUAUUGAUUUCAAAGGAAAGUACAAGUCUAACUUUUUGUUGGUCUCAUGAUAUGUCCUUGGAUCCAAAGAGCACCUGUUUGGUUUUUUUUUUUUUUUUUUGAUACCUGCAUUCGUGAAGUAGCACUCUUCAGCCAACCUACUGGCAUUUGCUCUCUAUUAUGUUUUUUAUUGUUGUUUCUUUGUAUGGAAAUACAAAUAUAUGAAAACUCCAAAGUUUG